AUGAAUAGUUACUUCUAAAUAAAUGAAUAGAUUUCGUAGACAGACAACAUUAUCUUACCAGAUGACACUCCGAUGAAGAAUAAACCAAACAUUAUUACAACAAUGAAGACCACCUGGUUUACUUUUCUUCCGUAUGCUUUUAUUAAGUAAAUUACGUAACCUGCUAAUAUUUAUUUCAUUGUCAUCGGCAUAUUAUAGAUAAUUCCUGCAACUUCUUAUACAAAUGGUGUUCCAACUAUUUAUGGGCCAUUGGCAAUGAUGAUGAGUAUAAGCAUUUUGAAAGAUGCCAUCGAAGAAUAUUCAAGAUAUAAAUCUGAUCAAGAAGAGAACAAUCGUAAAUCACAUAAAUACUUUGAAAAUUAGUUUAUAUAAUGCAAUUGGAAGGAUAUCUAUUAAGCUGACAUUAUCUUGAUUAUGGAAAAUGAAAGUAUUCCAUGCGAUAUCUUGAUACUCUCAUCUAGUUAUUAAGGAGGUAUAGCAUAUGUGGAGACAAAGUAAAUUGAUGGUGAGACAAAUUUAAAAUAAAAAUAUUCAAUCUAUGAUUUAUAAUAAAGGUACCAUAUCGAUAAUGCAAUAAACUUUAAAAAUAACAACGUAAAGUUUGUAUACGAUUAGAAGAACCCAAUAUUAUAUAAACUAUCAGGAACCUAUCAAAUUAGUAAUUCUUAAGUGGAUUCAUUAAAUUAUGGUAAUUUUAUUGAAAGAGGUUGUGUGCUAAAAAAUACAGAGUGGAUAAUAGGUUUGUGUAUUUACAGUGGCAUGAACUGUAAAAUUAUGUUGAAUUGCUCUCAAGAAAGGACGAAAAGAAGUAGAUUAGAAUAGUAUAUGAGAAUCUGUAUCAUUUCUAUAUCAAUCAGUUUGGUAUUAUUUUGUCUGAUGUCAUCUAUAUAUGAAUUCAUAUGGACAAACAAUCAUCUUAAUUAUACUUAUUUGGGACUUACUAGAGAUGAUGUAUUCAUAGAUUUUGGAUUAUGGUUUUCAUUGCUUUCAUACUUCAUACCAAUAUCUCUGGUAGUGAAUGUGGAAUUGGUAAAGUUUGGUUAAGCUAAGAUGUUGGAGUCAGACAAAGUAAUGCCAAAUUCAAAAUCGCAUCAAUCUAAUUUGAUUGAAUAAUUAGGAGAAAUCAAUAUUGUUUUCACUGAUAAAACAGGUACAUUAACUAAAAAUUCUAUGUAAUUUAGAGAACUAUUUGCUUUAAAUGAAAAAGAAGCAUUAUUGUGCAUGAGUUUAUGUCAUUCUGUUGUAAAAUCAAAAAAUAAAUUGAUAGGAUCUUCACCUGAUGAAUUAGCAAUAUUAGAAUAUUGUGAAUAAAAAGGGUAUUUAUUUUAAGGCAUCGAUAAUAAUAAUCAUCUAACCAUAAACAAAACUCAAUUCCACAGAGUGAUGAGUUUUGAUUUCAGCAGUGAAAAAAAGAGAAUGACCAUUGUGGUCAAAACAGGAAAUGAAUAUGUUUUAUUUUGCAAAGGCGCUGAUGAAGUAUUACUUGAAUUAAUAGGAGAAUGCAAACAUUAACACAUAAUUCAUCAAUUCGCAAUUCAAGGAUACAGAACAUUAAUGUUGGGAAGAAAAACUUUUACUUAAAGUCAAAUGGACAUAUAUUUAGCAGAAUAUAAAAAGGCAUAAGAGGAGAAAGAUGAAGAGAUGAUGAAUAAUUUACAAAAGAAACUUGAAUUGAAUUUGGAGUUCUUAGGAAUUACAGCUGUUGAAGACUUGUUAGCAGAUGAUGUAGGAUAAACUAUUUCAGAUUUAAAGUCUGCAGGGAUUAAAGUUUGGGUUCUAACUGGUGAUAAAGUUGAAACUGCUAUUUCGAUAGGAUAUUCAUGUAAUCUCAUUGACAGCAAGGAUAUGCUCUAAGUAGUUACUGAAAUUACAGUUGGAAGUAUAGAAGAGGUGUUUUUGCACUAUUGCAAUGAAUCAGCUAAUAUUGCAUUGGUAAUUAGUGGAUAGGCAUUAACAGUAAUGUUAGAGAAUCCACAACUUAAAUCAAUGCUAAUCAAGAGAGCUUUCUUUGCUAAAGUAGUCAUAGUGGCUAGAGUGUCUCCAAAACAAAAACAAUAAGUUGUAGCUUUGGUUAAAGAGAAUCUCCCCAAGGCUUAUACUUUGGCUAUAGGAGAUGGAGCUAAUGAUGUCUCUAUGAUAAAUGAGGCUCAUGUUGGAGUGGGAAUUUAAGGAGUUGAAGGAACACAAGCUGCCAGAGCCGCUGACUUUGCAAUCCAAGAAUUCAAACAUCUUAAGCGAUUAAUGUUUUAUUAUGGGGUUGAGUGUUCAAGAAGAAAUGCACUCACAAUUCUAUACAUAUUUUUUAAGAACUAGGUGUUCAUCACUCCCUACUUUUGGUUUGGAUUUCUCAAUGGUUUCAGUGGGUAAUACUUAUACGAUCAGUGGUUAUCUUCAUUGUUUAACACAGUUUUUGCUGCUCUCCCUUAGGUGCUCUAUGCUCUCUUUGAUGAAAUGCAUCCUUCUUCAGAAUAUUUGCAAUGGAGUAAAACCUCGCAUAAUUUGCUGGAGGAUAAACCAGAUGUAUAUGUUUAAUUUAGAUAAUAACCGAUUUUUACAAUCAUUAAGUUUUGGCUCUGGGUUUUUAAUGGAAUGGUUCAAGGCUUGAUGAUAUUUCUAGUCUGCACAUUUUCUACAGAGAACUAAAACAUGGAUGAUGGUAUGACUAUGGAAUUUUUUGAAGAUGGAGUAUUCAUUUACGGAAUAGUCAUUAUUCUUGUUAACCUUAAGAUCUUCACUUUUACUUAUACUAAUUAUAACUUCACCAUAUUUUUCAUCGUACUAUCAAUUCUUGUUUAUUGGCUAAUAUUGAUUAUGGUGAAUGACCAUGAAUUGUCUCCAUCAUUUAACUUCUAUAGAUAUCUAGCCUCACCACAACUCUAUUUAGCACUAGCUUUAACAUUUAUGCUAUUUUUAUUUGAUUUGGCAAUUGAGAGAUUUUAUGAUUUUUAAAUCUAUGUUCGAAAACCGGAAUCAAUAGAACUAGUUUGA